GGAGCAGCAACGCGCCGGAGCCGAAGGGAACCGGCAGUCUGGCUCUAAGGUUCCGCCCCGGGCUCUCUUCUUCGGGGGUUUCUUAGGAAUUGUCCCUCGGAGACGGCCGCGAUGGCCACCGCCGUGGAGCCGUUUGUGUCUCGGCAGCUAGAGCUGCUUCAAGAGGAGCGGGAGGCCGAGAUUGCCGAAGCCAGAGUAUGGCAGGAAAGCAUCUCCUUGAAAGAGCUGGAGCGCAAAGGAGUCUGCUUGCUGAAACUUGAAAUAGCUAGUCAAAGAACUGGGCUAUAUGGACGUUUCCUUGUAACUUUACAACCUCGAAAAUGUGGCCUGCAAGCAGAGCUGCCCAGUAAUAGCUUUGGGCCUGGUGACAUUGUGGGACUCUAUGAAACUGCUGGACAAGGUGAUCAGCUCUCCACAGGAAUAGUCACUCGCAUAACUGCUAAAUCAGUUACUGUUGCUAUUGAUGAGCCUCAGAGUAGCCUUCUGAACCUGGAUCAGGGAAACACUUAUCGUUUACUGAAACUUGCCAAUGAUGUCACAUACAAAAGACUUAAAAGGGCUUUAAAUACACUUAGCCAAUAUCACUCUGGUCCAGCAUCUGGCCUUAUUGAUGUCCUCUUCUGUGCUUCUGAGCCCAGUGAUGCCAAUAAUACAAGGCCUCUGAAGUUCUACAAUGAAUCACUGGAUGCCUCCCAGAAGGAGGCUGUUGGUUUUUCCUUGGCACAGAAAGAGCUUGCAAUCAUCCAUGGACCACCUGGCACUGGCAAAACGACGACUGUAGUUGAGAUAAUACUCCAAGCUGUGCAGCAGAGAUUGAAAGUCUUGUGCUGCGCUCCAUCUAACAUCGCAGUGGACAACUUGGUAGAAAGACUUGCAAGCCAUAAAGCCCGGAUUCUCCGCCUUGGUCAUCCAGCUCGUCUCUUGGAGUCCAUACAGCAACAUUCACUUGAUGCCAUCUUGGCCCAUGGGGAUAAUGCCCAAAUUGUGGCAGAUAUCCGAAAGGAUAUUGAUCAAGCAUUUGUUAAGAACAGAAAAACCCAAGACAAAGGGGAAAGAAGCCAUUUUCUGAAUGAGAUCAAGACACUGCGAAAGGAGCUAAAAGAGCGAGAGGAAAUGGCAAUGACUGAAAUCCUGACACAUGCAGAUGUUAUUCUUGCUACAAACACAGGAGCCUCUUCUGAUGGCCCACUGAAGCUGCUUCCAGAGAAUCACUUUGACAUGGUGGUGAUUGAUGAAUGUUCUCAAGCACUUGAAGCCAGCUGCUGGAUACCUCUGCUGAAGGCCAAAAAAUGUGUCCUGGCUGGAGAUCACAAACAGUUGCCUCCCACAAUAAUCUCACACAAGGCUGCCUCGAAGGGCCUUUCUCUCAGCUUAAUGGAAAGGUUGAUUGAAAAAUAUGGCGAUCGUGUUGUCAAAAUGCUCACUGUGCAGUACCGAAUGCACCAGGACAUAAUGCAAUGGGCUUCCACUGAGAUGUAUGAUGGCCGCCUCUUGGCUCACCACUCUGUUGCACAACAUUUGCUAAAGGACCUGCCAGGAGUGGCUUCAACGGAAGAGACUAGUAUUCCUUUGCUUCUGAUCGAUACAGCUGGUUGCGGCUUAUUUGAGCUUGAUGUGGAAGAUGAACAGUCAAAAGGAAACCAAGGUGAAGUGCGUCUUGUUGGUUUACACAUACAAGCUUUGGUAGAUGCUGGUGUUAAGGCAAGAGACAUAGCUGUCAUUACUCCUUAUAACCUCCAGGUGGACAUGCUAAGAGAGCUUCUCUGUCAGAAUUAUCCAGAGCUGGAAAUUAAAUCUGUAGAUGGUUUCCAAGGAAGAGAGAAGGAGGCUGUGGUCCUUUCUUUUGUGAGAUCCAAUAGGAAAGGUGAAGUGGGAUUUCUUGCUGAAGACCGGAGAAUAAAUGUUGCAAUAACCCGUGCCCGACGCCAUGUAGCUGUGAUCUGUGACUCCCGAACCACUGGAAACCACAGUUUUCUUAAACGGCUGGUUGAUUACAUGAAUGAACAUGGAGAAGUACGCACAGCCUUUGAAUAUCUGGAUGACAUUGUGCCAGAAAACUAUGCACCCAAAAACUCUCAGAGUCUCAGUGGCCAAGGACAGAAGCAUAAAUGCAACAAAGCAGCCCCAAAAGCUGAUGGGGAGAAACCACAAAGAAAACCAACCAAACAACCUGAGCAGAGACCAACAGAGGGUUUGGUGUCAAACACAGUCAGGAUCACAACUGCAGGUCCUGAAGUAAAGGAGCGUUUGUGUAAACAUAAAGCAAAGAUAUUGGAAUUUCUGGACAGUAGUGAGUCACAGCUGGAGUUUCCUCCAUCAUUAAAUGCUCACGACAGGCUGCUUAUCCACCAGUUGGCAGAGGAAUAUGGGUUGCAACAUUUAAGUUUGGGUGAAGGAAAAGAGAGAUACAUUAGCAUUCGAAGGAAAACUACUGCCACAAAUCCCACUUUGCCUAAAACUGUUGCAACACAUGUAUCUCUGAGAGAUGUGAAGGUAUGUGAACAAGAGUUAUCCCCUAAGACACCCAGCCCUUCAAGGGAAAUUUCUGGUCACAACAAGGAGAGAGUAAGCAGCAUUAGCAUGGGAGAAAUAGAUCUGAAAACAUUGCACAUGGAAAGGAUAGAAAGGGAAAAGGCCAGGAAAAAGGAAAAAGCAAAACAAAGUCAGCAACAGAAUGUAAACCUGCAAGAACCUGGGAAGAAACACAAAGGUGAAGCCAUAGGGAAGCCUGUUGUUAAAACCAGAACAGAAAGUGCAGCUGAGGAAGAUUUUGAUGCUAUGAUUUCUGCUGCAGUUAAAGCUGACAAUACAUGUGGUUUCUCCAAGUGCAAAGCAAGUGUAACAACUCUGGGACAGCUGUGUCUGUAUUGCAAUAAACGCUAUUGUCUCAGCCACCACAUCCCAGAGAUUCAUGGGUGUGGAGAGAAGGCCAAAGCACAUGCCCGGCAGAGAAUCAGCAAGGAAGGUGUUCUGUAUCCUGGGAGCGGAUCGAAAGACAAGUCCUUGGAUCCCGCCAAGCGAGCUCACCUCCAGAGGCGCCUGGACAAAAAACUAAAUGAAUUGACUAGCCAGAGGAAAAGCAAAAAGAAAGAGAAAUGAGAGGAAUUGCAUGUUCCUAGCCACUUGGUCCCCCCAGCACCUCCUUUGCAUUGUCAGGUUCCAAAGGGAAAGAACCCUAAACUUCUUGACCCUUUUCACUGAUUAUUUUUAAUGCUUAAAAUCAGGCAUUUGCCCUUUCUAGUUUUCAGAGAGCCAACCCCAGAAGAAAACACAUACAACAGCAUCAAAAAGCUCAGCUUGCCGUUUUAAAUCUUGCACCUGCAGUUGCAUCUUGUUUUGUAAAAUGUAUUGGUACCAGCCAUUUCAAAUGCAUAAAGCACUGUCAGUAAAGGCAGAAGGUGGGCAGCUUUUGCUUGGAGCAAUUUUCUUUAUUGGCAAGGCAAUGGAUGUACAAUGAGUGGGUGUAUGGCAGAUAUUCCAAAAAGACAAAGGUAGUUAAGUGCCUUGAGCAAUGAACUGUGCAGCUGACAUGGCAUGGACAUACAAUAAUAAUUGUCUGUGGGACAUUAGACUAUCCUUACAAAAGAGUGGGAGUAAUGGAGAAGUCCUCCUUAAAUCCAGAAAUUAAGGAUAUACAAGAAGCAUUUCCCUCCUCAGACUUGGAAACUUGCAUCUUGACGGGAAAAGGUUUUGAGUAUACAUGUGUAAUAUAAAUAUACUACAAGUUUUUAAGGAGAGAGCUUUCUCUGCUUGCAGCCACACCUUAUAAACUAAAAGAAUGCAUUUGUUUCAAGAAUUUGGAUAGUGAUCAUAAUAUUAGUACAAUUAAAAAUAAAGCACUAGAGCAGCAGUUCUCAAAGUGUGCUCCAUGGAGCCCUUAGGGCUCCGCAAUGCAUACUGAAGGGCUCCGUGGUUCCCUUCUCCUCCCUCCAAACUUUCCUCCCUCUUUCGUGCUCCCCCUCCCCCUGCCUCCCUCAACCCCACAAGCCUUUCCUCUCGCCUCCCUUCUCACUAAAAGCCUUUUUUCCUCACCUUUUUCCUCACCCAGAUCCUUUCCACCUCGCCUUGUUUGCUUUAUGCUUUUCCUGCAUGGUAGAAGUGGGUUGAACUGGAUGACCCCUGGGGUCUUCCACUGAAAUACUGUUGGGUUAAUUUUGUUCAAAAGAUUUGCCCAUGUCUGGUAUGUAUAAAUUCUAUAUAAUGUAUAAUAUAAUAUAUAAACAUAUCUUGGUGCUCCAUAAGAAACUUUUGCUUCAAAAAUGGCUCAGUAGCUGAAAAAGUCUGAGAACCGCUGCACCAGAGGACAACUAUGCAUUUUUGGACUUAUCCUUUCGACUCUGAAAAUGAGGGGGGACCAGUAAUGGGAUUCAAUAACAAAGGUGGUCAUUCCCCCGUUUGGCAAAAUAUGCAGUGGUUUUUAUUUGUUUGCUGGAGUAAAUUAGGUAGCAGUUGAUCAGUAUUUGCGUUUAAAGCAUUUACUACUUGACAGUACAUGUUAGGCUAAGCUGUGUGGUAGCCUGGACCAAGAUGCCAGAUGAUGGCACUGACUGACCAUUACAGUCCCUGCACAUCUCUUUGAAAAUGAGCAAUUGUUCGGCGUUGGCUAAAUCCUAAAAUGCAAGCACACAAAAGAGAGAAACCCUGUAUUAACCCACCAUUGGUUCUUUUACAUUCUGCUGUGUCUGUACCAUAUGCUUGUCUCUCUCUUUGACCACUGAUCACCUUUGCGUUGGCGCUACAAAGCCUCAUAGGUAGCUGGAUUUCUUUUUCUGAAUUCCUAAUCAAUUAUUUUUGUAGGCUAAAGAUUUAGGGAUAAAUGUUGAUUUGGAGGAUUGGGAACAUCUCUGGAAAAGGAGGGAAUUAUUUGGUCUCAUUACAUGAGUUUUGACAUAUUGAAACAGUGGUGUCUUUCAGUUAUUUCCAUCCUUUUAUUUCCUGUACUAGAGGCAGCUGUGGAUUAUGUGUCAUGGCAAAAACCCUUUCUAAGACUUCAUUAAAUGUUUGAACUCCUA